CAAGGACAAGUUUGGAAGGCAUGUGGAGACCCCAAGGCAAAACCAUCCUACCUUAUUGACAAAAACUUGGAAUCUGCUGUGAAAUUCAUAGUCAGAAAGUUCCCUGCUGUAGAAACCCGCAACAACAAUCAACAGCUUGCACAACUACAGAAAGAAAAAUCAGAGAUUUUGAAAAAUCUGGCAUUGUAUUACUUCACAUUUGUAGAUGUUAUGGAAUUUAAGGACCAUGUUUGUGAAUUGCUGAAUACUAUUGAUGUUUGCCAAGUCUUCUUUGAUAUUACUGUAAACUUUGAUUUAACAAAGAACUACUUAGAUUUGAUCAUAACCUAUACAACUCUGAUGAUACUACUGUCUCGAAUUGAAGAAAGGAAGGCAAUCAUUGGGCUGUACAACUACGCUCAUGAGAUGACCCAUGGAGCAAGUGACCGAGAAUACCCACGCCUUGGUCAGAUGAUUGUGGAUUAUGAAAACCCUUUAAAGAAGAUGAUGGAGGAAUUUGUACCCCAUAGCAAGUCUCUUUCAGAUGCACUAAUUUCUCUUCAGAUGGUAUAUCCUCGAAGAAAUCUUUCAGCUGACCAGUGGAGAAAUGCCCAGUUAUUGAGUCUCAUCAGUGCACCCAGUACAAUGCUUAAUCCUGCUCAGUCUGACACCAUGCCUUGUGAAUAUCUCUCUUUGGAUGCAAUGGAAAAAUGGAUUAUCUUUGGCUUUAUUUUGUGCCAUGGGAUCCUAAAUACUGAUGCAACAGCACUGAACCUUUGGAAGCUAGCUCUUCAAAGUAGCUCUUGCCUCUCUCUCUUUCGGGAUGAAGUUUUCCACAUUCACAAAGCUGCAGAAGACUUAUUUGUAAACAUACGAGGCUAUAAUAAGCGUAUUAAUGACAUAAGAGAAUGCAAAGAAGCAGCUGUGUCACAUGCUGGUUCAAUGCACAGAGAAAGACGCAAGUUUUUAAGGUCUGCACUGAAAGAAUUGGCUACGGUCCUCUCUGAUCAGCCUGGCUUGCUAGGUCCCAAGGCACUUUUUGUUUUUAUGGCAUUAUCCUUUGCCCGUGAUGAAAUUAUCUGGCUACUUCGUCAUGCAGAUAACAUGCCAAAGAAGAGUGCAGAUGACUUUAUAGAUAAGCACAUUGCUGAAUUAAUAUUUUACAUGGAAGAGCUUAGAGCACAUGUAAGGAAAUACGGACCUGUAAUGCAGAGGUACUAUGUGCAGUACCUUUCUGGCUUUGAUGCUGUUGUCCUCAAUGAACUUGUACAGAAUCUUUCUGUUUGCCCUGAAGAUGAAUCAAUCAUCAUGUCCUCUUUUGUUAACACUAUGACUUCCCUAAGUGUAAAGCAAGUUGAAGAUGGAGAAGUGUUUGAUUUCAGAGGAAUGAGAUUAGAUUGGUUCAGAUUACAGGCAUAUACUAGUGUCUCUAAGGCUUCACUUAGCCUUGCAGAUCACAGAGAACUUGGAAAGAUGAUGAAUACGAUAAUUUUUCAUACAAAAAUGGUGGAUUCCUUGGUGGAAAUGUUGGUGGAGACAUCUGACCUCUCCAUAUUUUGUUUUUACAGUCGUGCUUUUGAGAAGAUGUUUCAACAGUGUUUGGAGUUACCCUCUCAGUCAAGAUACUCAAUUGCAUUUCCACUACUUUGCACUCAUUUUAUGAGUUGCACACAUGAGCUGUGUCCAGAAGAGCGACAUCAUAUUGGAGAUCGCAGUCUUUCCUUGUGUAAUAUGUUCCUGGAUGAAAUGGCCAAACAGGCUCGAAAUCUCAUCACUGAUAUUUGCACAGAACAGUGUACUCUUAGUGACCAGUUGCUGCCCAAGCAUUGUGCCAAAACCAUUAGUCAAGCAGUGAAUAAGAAGUCAAAAAAACAAACUGGUAAGAAAGGGGAACCUGAAAGGGAAAAACCAGGAGUUGAGAGCAUGCGGAAAAACCGGCUGGUGGUGACCAACCUUGAUAAAUUGCACACUGCACUUUCUGAGUUGUGUUUCUCUAUAAAUUAUGUACCAAACAUGGUGGUUUGGGAACAUACCUUUACCCCACGAGAAUAUUUGACUUCUCAUCUGGAAAUCCGCUUUACUAAGUCAAUUGUUGGAAUGACUAUGUAUAAUCAAGCCACACAGGAAAUUGCAAAACCAUCAGAGCUUCUAACAAGUGUAAGAGCAUACAUGACUGUACUCCAGUCGAUAGAAAACUAUGUGCAAAUUGAUAUUACAAGAGUAUUUAAUAAUGUUCUUCUUCAACAAACACAACAUUUAGACAGUCAUGGAGAGCCAACCAUUACAAGUCUAUACACAAAUUGGUAUUUGGAAACUUUAUUAAGACAAGUCAGCAAUGGUCAUAUAGCUUAUUUCCCUGCAAUGAAAGCAUUUGUGAACUUACCUACAGAAAAUGAAUUAACAUUCAAUGCAGAGGAAUAUUCUGACAUAUCAGAAAUGAGGUCAUUAUCAGAACUGCUAGGCCCAUAUGGUAUGAAGUUCCUAAGCGAAAGCCUUAUGUGGCAUAUUUCAUCGCAAGUUGCUGAACUUAAGAAACUUGUGGUGGAGAAUGUUGAUGUGCUGACACAAAUGAGGACCAGCUUUGACAAACCAGACCAGAUGGCUGCACUCUUUAAAAGAUUAUCAUCUGUUGACAGUGUCUUGAAGAGGAUGACAAUAAUUGGUGUAAUUUUAUCCUUCCGCUCAUUGGCACAAGAAGCACUUAGAGAUGUCUUGUCCUACCACAUUCCUUUUCUUGUAAGUUCAAUUGAAGAUUUCAAGGAUCACAUUCCAAGGGAAACUGAUAUGAAGGUUGCAAUGAAUGUCUAUGAAUUAUCAUCAGCUGCUGGAUUACCUUGCGAGAUUGAUCCCGCCUUGGUCGUAGCUCUUUCCUCACAAAAAUCAGAAAACAUAAGUCCAGAAGAAGAAUAUAAAAUCGCCUGCCUCCUCAUGGUGUUCGUGGCAGUGUCUUUACCAACACUGGCCAGUAAUGUGAUGUCUCAGUAUAGCCCUGCCAUAGAAGGGCACUGCAACAACAUACAUUGCUUGGCCAAAGCCAUCAACCAGAUCGCUGCAGCUUUGUUUACAAUUCACAAAGGAAGCAUUGAAGACCGUCUUAAAGAAUUUUUGGCGCUUGCAUCCUCCAGUCUACUGAAAAUUGGCCAGGAGACAGAUAAAACAACAACAAGGAAUAGAGAAUCUGUUUAUUUACUGCUAGAUAUGAUUGUUCAGGAAUCCCCAUUCCUGACAAUGGAUCUUUUGGAAUCUUGUUUUCCUUAUGUCUUGCUGAGAAAUGCAUACCAUGCUGUCUACAAGCAAAGUGUUACAUCUUCUGCAUAAAAUAUCUACUUAUUGAAGAGAAGCACGCAUUUUUGUUGCCUCGGUUUUACCUGUAAACUGUGGAGCUAUUUUACCUUAUGGCCUGAAAAACAGUUUUGUGGAUUAUAAAUUCCUUUCUUUCAUACGGUUGUAUUUUCUGAUCAUUAGUUUCUUAAUAUGGUUGUACUGCAAUAUACUUGGUUGAUUUAGGUUGCACAUUCACUGAAUUCACAGAAAUUAUUCCUAUAAUUUUAGACUAUCAUUUGUUUGAAAAACAUACAUUAUAUGUUUUUGAUAUUUGAUAAUGAAAAAAGAAAAACCUCUGCCUGUUUAUUUCUGAAAAAGAAUUGUAUUUAGUGAUUAUUUUAGAUAGUGAUAUAGCUCAUCUGUGUGUAAAUUAUUUCAUAUAGGGAAGAGUUCUGAUCUGUACCUAUGGUUCUUAUUGAAAACAAAACUGGAUGUGCAUUUCUGUGUUGUUAUGAAUACAUUUCUACUUUAUUUUGAAACACUUGCCAAACUAAAUACUAUAACACUGCAUAACAUUAGAAAUGUUAAAGGACUGCUUAGCAUUAGAAGCAGACUAUGUCCCGAAAUUCUAAAACAGCAGCAUAUGUUGUUGCUUGUAUAAAGCCUAGUGAUAAUUUUUAGACUAACUCUAACUCCCAUGGUGCCCUAUUGGCAUUAGCACUACGAUUGUACCCUGCUGUAUAAUAAACACUCUUAGACAUUUAUCAACUGUUGAUACAAAUGUUAGUCCCUAACCACUUUUUAUAUGUUUUAAAUUUUUGAAAUUCAAGUGUACCUGCCAUAACAUAAAAUAAACACUAGACUGUA